CAUUCCUUGUCCGUCGGUCGCCAGCGCCACGAGGAACGGGAAGCGCGAUCUUAAAAAAUAUUUAAAAAACUUUUCACCCCGUGUCCCCGUUGCUCAAAUCGAACAUACCCCCAAAACGAGAGCGAAAGUUUAGUAUUCAAAACGCAAUUUAAUUUGGCGAAAAAAUAUCGAGGCAAUCGGAGACAAAGGCGCGAUCUCGGCGGCGAAAAAUAAACCUAAAAACAUAACGAUUUCGGACGCGUGCCAGGCGGUGGGCGGUGGGCGGGGCGGCGUAGACGCCGGCAGCGGCAGCGACGUCGCUGUUUUAUUUUUUUAUUUUCUUUUUUUUUUCGAUUUUGCCGGCUGUCGUCGCGAGCAGAAUGCCGCCGGCUCUCGGUUCUGGUUCUCAGUUCAGUUCUGUUUGAGUUUCUGGCGACGAGUGACACACACAGAGGGAACUAGAAAUAAACGACACCGAAAAACGAAACAACACUUAGUUGUACUGUAGAUUCUGGCUGAUUAAGAAACACGAAACACGAAGUACUCACUUACACACAAAAACACAUAUAUAUCUCACACACAAGGAAAACUGCAUUAGUUCAGAUCGAGCGAAAGUGCCGUAGACGAUGCCCAAUAACCGCAAUCGUAAUCGCAAUCGCAAUCGCAACAAACGCAAUCGAAACCAAAAUCAAAAUCAGAAUCCGAGCCAAAACCAAAACGAAAACCAUCAGCAGCAGGCAGAAGGGGCGGAGGAUCGGGAGGAGCAGCAGGAUUUCCAAACUCAGAUCGCAGUAGCGCAAUCUUCUUCCUUCGUAGAUGAUAAUGGAAAUUCUGGCAGCGUUUCAAAUGGGCCAACGGAAAACAGCGAAGAGGUGACGAACACUCUUGAGAAAACCGAAAAAAAAGAAGAAAUAUUCGAGCAACCAGCAACAGUCAUCCAAAAAGAAGCAGAUUCAGACGCAGAAAUGGGUGCCAAAAACUCAAAACAUCGCAAGGAAAAGUCCGAUAAGCAGGCGUCUAAUGGAAAAUCUGAAGAGCAGGUGCGUCCACCUCCCACCAUUAUAAGAAGGCCACCCGGUAGCCCCCGGCAAGCCAAGGUCAUAGUUCAUCGAAUUGUGAGGGAAGAGGACACGGCCAAUGGCAAAGCUCAAUCUCCAGAGCCACCCAAAGCCGUGGAAUCUAAGGAGCAGCACAUGGAGGUCGAGGAUUCAAAGAAGGAGAAACCUGAAGCUCAGCAGGAGAUUGAAACUAAGGAAGAACGGGAAAAUGAACCGAGUCCAAAGGAACUUCCUGAAUCUAGUCAUCUUUCGGAGGACGCACAGCAGAAACAUGUCGAAGUUGAAGAGAAUCAACAAGUUUAUGAUGAAGUGGACUACUCAAAGGAUGAGACCACUGACAAUAAUCCACAGCAAGAGCAACACGAUUCAAAGGAACCGGAGCAAUAUGUGUUGCAACUCGAAAAGGCAAUGGAAUUUGUGGAAAAUGCACAUCAGCAACACGUUGCUGCCGUGCAAAGUUAUCAAAAACAGAGAGACACUGAGCAAAAUGCACAGCAGCAGGAGCAAAAUGAAGCACAGCACCUACAGGAAUCAACUAAAGCGCAUCAGCAAAAUAUUGCAGUUCCACAAAUCCUUGUAGAUCCGAAGAAGAGAGAAGAGGGCCUCGCACAGCAACUGCAUCAUGAUGUGAAAGAGGAACCCAUUUUGAAUAACGCCCAACAGCAAAAUGAUGACACUGCACCGAAAUCCCCAAAGGAAGUAACAAUAAAAGUUCAGUUUCAAACAGAAGAUCCUUAUUCCCAGCAGCCUCCUCCACAGAAGCCCACCUCCAAGGUGAUUAUCCACCAGAUACACGUGGAAACCACCGACGAAGAGCAAAAUGCCAAGCCCACUUUCGAGGAGGUUAGCAGCACUACCGGUUCUCUGGCCGGAACCCUAUCUCCACCACCUCGUUAUUUGGUGGAGUCGCCGAAGAACGUGUCAAGUGGCCAGUUUUCGAACUUCUCGCGCAAUGUGCAAAUCCAGGAAAUGGAACUGAACAGCGACUUCAGCUCCGGGGAAUUCAAUUCCCUGCAGUCGCCGCUGGUAUGCGAAGUAGACUCGGAAUCAGAGGGAUCGGUAGUCUUGGGACCGGAGCGAUCGCCGUCGGAUCAGCAGGUGCCGUCCAGCAGCCGAGUAGAGCAGCAUGAGCAGGUGCGCCAGAAACGUGCCCAGUAUCGGAACGCUUUGGAAUCGCACUUCAUGCCGCAGUUGCUCAAUCCCCGCUAUCUGGACAGCAUCCUGGAGGAGAAUGAAUGGAGAAACUCCACCGCCUCCUCUGGCGGAAGCGAUCAGACGGGGAUCCGCACUCCCAAGCUAAACGAGACCUUUCCCAGGAGUCAGUUGGACUUUAGUCGCAGACACAAGCGUAGGGAGGAGGCACCGUCGCCUCUUAAGCUCGAAACCAAGCUGCUGGAGGAGUCAACCGAUCUGGAGAGCUGCACCCGACUGCAGAGCGCCCUGUCUCCACAGUCUGAAGAUGCGGAGCUAGUUUACCUAAGCUCCUCGGCCUCCAGCAGCGUCUCUGACCUCAUGGAACUAGAACUAGAGCAGGCUGCCGCCUUGGCGGAGAGAGCCCUCGUAGACUUGGAUACGGAUGCCAGUCGGUUGAUUGCUCGGCCGGAUGAUGAGAUGAGCAGCACUAGUACCACUACUGCAGACAGGAGCGAGACGGAAGCGGAAACGGAAACGGAGACGGAGAGAGAGGGCGAGCAGAGUCGCGAGAGCACACCUGUUAACGCCAACCCGACGCUCGCCAGUUCGCAGUCUUCGCUGCUGAGCGCCGCAACGCCGACGCCGACGCCGACGCCCACUCCCGCCGAUCGAGAACAAUUAGCAAAAGAUACAAAUGUAUCUGGUGGAUCGACUGUUAGUUUCGGGGCAGCAUCGCCGCUAGCGGCCACGCGCGAGGAGUUCGUUCGCAAUAUGGACAAAGUGCGCGAGUUGAUCGAGAUGACGCGGCGCGAACAGGAGCAAGGUGAACUACCGCGAUCGCCGUCGCCGCCGCCCGUUCCCCCACCUCCCGCUUCCGUGCCACCCUACAGUCCCGAGUCUUCCUCGUUCCACCUAGCUUCCUUGCAGCUGAAGCGGCAGGAGUCGAACGACUCCCACUGCUCUGACAGCACCACCCACAGCCAAUGCACGGCCAUCAACCUGGCCAGUCCCCCACCGCCACCCACUGCUCAGCCACCUACACCGCCACUCAGACAAAAGCCUGCACCACCACCCGUACCGCAACCCGUAUCACCACCCGCACCACCCACUCCCCAAUCAGAGCCAGAGCUUUCAGUUGCAGAUUCGGUUGCGAAUGCAAAUGCGGAUGUAGAUGCAGAUGCCGACACUGAUACGGAAGCAAUAAAGAAGCUGCGCCUGCUGUGCACCGAGCAGUUGGCUUCCAUGCCCUAUGGCGAACAGGUGCUCGAGGAGUUAGCCAGUGUGGCCCAGAAUAUAAGCGACCAAUCCCAGAACAAGAUGCCCUAUCCCAUGCCCCAAUUGCCGCACAUCAAGGAGCUGCAGUUAAACGCCAAUGAGAGCAAGUCCUCCUCCGCCUGGCUGGGUCUGCCGACCCAGUCCGAUCCCAAGCUAUUGGUCUGCCUGUCGCCCGGACAGAGAGAUUUGGUAAAUAACCAAACCCAACCGGAUGACCUGCUCGAUGCUCACCAGAAGUUCGUGGAGCGUCGGGGAUACCAUGAGUUGUCCAAGGCCCAGGUUCUCGAGCAAGACCACCAGCAGCAGCAGAGUGAGAUGCUCAAGACGGCGGCCAUGAUGCGCGAGUUGCGCAAGAGCCUCUCGCCCCCAGCGCCUCCUGUCCCUCCGCCGCCGGUACCGGUGAAGAGCGCCGAAACGGCGGCCAAGGCGACCGCUCACGAAAACGCCAAGAGAGAUGACGCAAGCGAACAAAAGCAGAAGAUCGCAGCAUGCGAAUCGUCAUCGCUUGAAAAUAAACCAAGGCGAGCAGCUGAUCUUGGUGCUCAGCAGUCGGCAGAGCAACGCCAGAGCAGCAGCACCACCACCUCCAGCCAUAAAGCGACCACAGAGACCAUGUCCAGUGACACCGCCAAGUUUCCCACGCUGGACAGCAUGGAGAGUGAGUUGGCCAGGAUGUUCCCCCAGCACAAGGGCGACAUUUUCGAGGAGCAGCGCAAGCGCUUCUCCAACAUUGAGUUCCCCAGCCACCAGCCCGUCAGUCAAACUAAGCGGUACUCCAAUAUCGAGACGAGCAGUUACGAGUCCAAGAAGCGAAUGGAAAAUGGUCAGGUAGUCUACGAUGUGAGCACUUCAAGUCACGAGAAGAAGGAACAGGGUGAUCCACCCAAGGACCAGCCCGUACCACCCGUUCCCCCGCCGCCAAUUAUGUCAGCAACGAAAUUAAACGGUAACACUUUCAUUGAUGGAGACGUGGCGCCCAAAAAUAGCCAGCCGUCGCGAGAGAGCGGUAGCGGCAGCGGCAACGGUACGUAUGAGGAAUUUCGGCAGCGUGCCAAGGCCGCCGCGGAUGCUUUUGGAGAGCAGCGGGAGCAGCAAAACGGGCUGGAUCAAGACCGCGUGUUCAAGGACUUCGAUAGGCUAUCGCAGCAGAUGCACGCCGAGCUGCAAAGCACUCGGGAAAAGCGGGAGAAGUCCGCUUCCAUGUACGAUCUCAGUGGCUUCACCCGACCCGCGAGUGGUCAUCCGAGACUAGAUGAGCUGCAGCAGAGAAGACAUGCCCACAUGCAGGAGUUGGAGAGGGAAAUAGAGCGGUCGGCAAAGUCGCGACAGGAGCGAAUGUCCUCGGUACCGCGACAAAUGGAGGCCACACCACCGCGAACUCAUGAGAUUCCCAUUGAGCUGGAGCCACGUUCCCGACGCGCCGAGUCUCUGUGCAAUCUGAAUGAGCCACCACCACGUCCGCAUACCACCGUGGGUCACUAUAACCAUCCGGUGGUGCAGGACGAUUGGUCUAGGUAUGCCAACGAUUUGGGAUACUCGGAGAAUAUAGCACGACCCUUUGCCAGGGAGGUGGAGAUUUGCUAUCAGCGACAGAAUCAGAGAACACCACAUUGCAUUAGGGCUCCCCGCCUCUCCGCCAGCACUAAUGAUCUGAGCAGCUCUAGUCAAUAUAGCUACGAUACCUUCAAUGCUUACGGCGGCAGAAGGACCCAUGCCCCCAUGCUGAACCAGGCGCAACAGCAACAGCGUCCUCAUUACGGCAGUUGUUACUCCAUGAUCGAGAGGGAUCCCAACCCCAGGUACAUAAGUACCACCUCGCGAAGGGGCGUGAGUCCAGCACCACCACCAGUUGCAACUCCGCAACAGCAACAGGUGCCACCACCUGCCUAUGAUCGCCAGCAAAGGAGAUCCUCGUUGCCGAGGGAACUGCAUGAACAGCAGCUGAAGUACAUACUAUCCAAGGAGGAGGAGCUCAAGUUUGAAGUGGAGCGAUUGCAGCAGGAGCGCCGUCGUCUAAUGGAGGAAAUGCAGAGGGCUCCGGUCUUGCCUGCUCCUCAGAGGAGGGAGAGCUACAGGCCCGCCGCCAAGCUGCCCACUCUGAGCGAGGAUGAGGUAUUCCGGCAGCAAAUGGCCGAGGAGUGGAUGAACAAGGUGGCUGAGCGGGAAGAGCGUCGUCAGCACAAGAUCAUACGCAUAUCGAAGAUCGAGGAUGAGCACGAUCACUCCGCCGUAGACAAGGCGACCAUAAGCGAUGAAUUCUUGGAUCGGGUGAAGGAACGCCGUCACAAGUUGUCCAUGCCGGCGGACAGCGAUUGGGAAAGUGGGGCGGAAUCACAACCCCAGCCAGCCGCCCAAUCCCAGCCCGAAUCGGAUGUAGAGGCGCCACCAGUACGCAUACUGGAGGGCCAGGCGGAGGCCAAUCUCCGCCAGCUGCCACGGCACCUGCGGGAGUUCGCCAAGUUCUCUACCAGCGAACAGUUGCCGGAUGGCGCCCAAAUGGAGCGUCACGAGGAACAGGAGCGCAGGGAGGAGGCUACCGACAAUGCGCACAGCAGUGCCACCAAGAAGACGAGCAUCGUGAAGACGUACAAGGUUUCCAGGCUACCGCCUUCCGUCCAGGGUGAGUUUCCCGGCCAAUUUUCCGGGGGAAAUCGCGGCCGACUCUAUCGCGAACGCUCGCAAACGGCGCGGCUCGUGAGUCAUAACAUCCCCCUGGAACUAACCAGUAACCACAGCUCAUCGCCUGACUCCGACUUCAAUCCCGGUUGUGGUUCGUCCCCAGCACCAGGUUCCUCCACCCAAUCCUCUAUCCCAUCCCUCGUACAAUCUCCUACACCAGCACCACCGCCACCCAUUGAACCAUUGAAUCCCUCAUCCAGCACCGCUGGCGGCAUCUUGGGCACGGCUUUGUUGCUGGGCUUAUCCCUGCUGACCGCCUGGAACAAGUUCAUCUACAAAGUCAAGCACGAGUAUAUGAGCGAACCGGAGACGGGCAGCGAUCGUCCCCGGAAAAUGGCACAGUUAGGGCGAAGGCAGUACGACGGCAUCGGUCCGGUGACCAACGAUGGAAUGCCCAUCAUCCUGAGAUCGGAGGUCAAGGAGCCGCAUCAGCAUGAGUGGUACAAGCGUCUGUAUCAGACGAUACACAAGCAGAAGAACGGCGAUGAUUUCGUGAUUCGCUACAAGUGUCCUAGAGCCCGUCCGUCGUACAAGAGCAACGGAUACGUCUCAGAGCCCGAGCCCAACUACGAUUCGGAUUACUCGACGGUGAGGUACCGCACCCAGAAUCCGCACCGCGUUCAGUCCGUCUCCUCGGCUGUCAAUGUGCGCAACCUUAAUCAGGACGAGAAGUUGUAUGGUACUAUGCCAAAUCCCAUAAAAUCAGCGCAAAACUCGUAUAAGAAUCAGCCAGGUCGCAUCGAAAACUAUACGACAGGUCAUUCGUCUGUUUCCGAAAAGGAAAAGAAGGAGUGGUGGGACGAAGUGAUGGACAUCUUUAACGGGAAUCUAGAACAAUCGAAACUAUCGCCAUUGUACACUGAAGGUAACUUGUCCAGAGCUUUGGCCAAGGAAUCCGGCUAUACUAGCGAUUCCAAUCUGGUCUUCCGUAAGAAGGAGGUACCCGUGAGCAGUCCCCUUAGCCCCGUUGAACAAAAGCAGGCUUACAAGAGUCUCCAGGCAGGGGGAGAGCCACCUCUGCUCGGCUUCCGUAAACCAGCGCCCGAGAAACCCCGUGAUCUCGACCCGAACGCGCCCCCCAUUCCCCCACAGCCACCAGUCAAGGGUCUCUCCUCCUACGAUUUCCCGUACAGCACCGACACCGUCGACGGAUCAGACGUGAACAUCCACUUCAAGACCCCCAUCAGGCAUGAGCAGCGUCAGAACUUGUCGGAAGAGGAACUAGCCAUUCGCCAAGCGGAGCACAUGCAGAAGCUCUACCACGAGGAGCGCCGUCGCAAGUAUCUACAGGAGCUGCAGGACAUGAAUUCGCGCCGCCACACGGACAACUUCACCCCGUCGCAGAAGUCGCCCAUCGCCCUCAAUCGCUACGAUGACUUCCCCACGGACGUGACCCUCAAGUCGCUGGUGGGCCCCAAGACGGUGGCCCGGGCUCUCUUUAACUUCCAGGGACAGACCUCGAAGGAGCUAUCCUUCCGCAAGGGCGACACAAUCUACAUCAGGCGGCAGAUUGAUGCCAACUGGUAUGAGGGCGAGCACAAUGCCAUGAUUGGACUGCUUCCAGCCAGCUAUGUUGAGAUUGUCAGUCGAGAUGGAGCCCGUACCCCAUCCAAACGGCCAUCGGAGGGUCAGGCCCGUGCCAAAUACAACUUCCAGGCCCAGUCGGGCAUUGAACUCUCCUUGAACAAGGGCGAAUUGGUCACUUUGACACGCCGAGUGGAUGGCAACUGGUUCGAGGGCAAGAUUGCCAACAGGAAGGGCAUCUUCCCGUGCUCCUACGUGGAGGUACUUACUGAUAUUGGUGCUGAGGACAUUGCGGCCAGGACAACCACCGUGAUCACCAGCCAGAGCACCACGAAUCUGCGGCCCAAUCUCGACGUGCUGCGCACAAACAUCAACAAUGAGUUCAAUACGCUGACGCAAAAUGGAGCACAGCCACCGAACGGAAUCCUCAAGGAAACGCGGACACUUCACAAGACGGACGCCCUCCAUGUGGACACCAGUUCCGAACCAUUGGCGUACCGCGCACUGUACAAGUACCGGCCCCAGAACUCCGACGAACUGGAACUGCUCGAGGGAGAUGUGGUCCAUGUGCUGGAGAAGUGCGACGACGGAUGGUUCGUGGGCACCUCGCAGAGGACCGGCUGCUUCGGCACAUUCCCCGGCAACUACGUGGAACGGGCCUAGAGGAGAUCGAUCCAAUGAUCCAGCCCCCGGAGCGGCGAUCGUGCCUAAUCUUAAUGAAUUUGUAGUCUAAUACGAGGAGGAAUCAGCGUGGCCGGGGCAAAGGCAGUUCUAUGAUUAACUCUGAUUUGGUUUUACUGGAUUAUUUUAUGUUGUUGUUGAAUAAUUCUUAUCCCGCUAAUUCUGCUGCUUUCGUUUUGCCGUAUUUUAAAGCUAUUUAUUUAUUUUUAAACAGAGCAUUAAUUUUAUCAAUGUUGGAAUUACGUUUAUUUAUGACAUCCAAAUAUUAACCAAAAGUUGUCCCCUCCACCUCCCCCACUCCAACACACACACACACCAAAUAUCGAAGGACCUUAAUUAAGAUCAUACAUACAUACAUAUGUACUUUGUCGUUUACCUACUAAUUUUAACUAGUCACAGCUAAUUUCCAAAAAGAAUAUCAAUUGCGAAAAAAAGAAGAGACCGUUGAACUAAAGUGCCUUAAAGUUGAAAUUUAAAUGACUAAAACGAUAUAAAAUGUUUCAAAGUGCUAAGAUUCAAGUGCCCUUGUUGAGUCGGCAGAGUGGAUAAUUACUAUUGAUAAUUAUGAAUAUUAUUUAUGAUAUUGUCGUGUCCGAACCAACAGAAACCAUUUUAAAAAAUCUAUACAAAAAUCGUUUAUUACACAGACACUGUUGCAAGCGUAAUUAGUAAAUAAAGAAGAAACUAAAAAAC